AAACUAUCGAUAAAUAAUUUACUUUUCGCAUCCCUGCACUUGCAUAACUCUGUUUUAGUGGCAAUAACAACAUGCUUCAGGUAUUAAAGAGUUUGCGUUUGACACAGCCUACGCGCUUUGCCUCUUCUCUAAGCAGCACAGCAACAAAUAUACCGUCCGGCUCUGCUGAUGUUUCUGCUGUGGAUUCAGGCGAACCCGAUAAGCUUUACAGCAAAUUAGAAAUUGAACUGCGAGGAAUUGAUCCGGCUGUUCUGAAAAGCUAUACCUGGUUUGCCACAACCGCUGCGGAGCAUUUGGGCAUUGAGUUGGGCAAAUGUUGGAGCCCCCGCAAGGCACACCAUGAACGAAUGACUCUACUGAAGUCCGUACACAUUUAUAAGAAGCAUCGCGUUCAAUACGAGAUUCGAACUCAUUUCCGUUAUAUGAAUUUCCACAAGUUAACGGGCUCGACGCUGGACACGUUCCUGGAGUACAUCGAGCGCAAUUUGCCCGAGGGCGUGGCGCUCCAAGCAGCCAAGACGGAGCUGCAGCAGCUGCCCGCUCAUUUGCAACAGCCGCCAGAACAAGUUUAGCAUUAGCAUAAAUAUUUACUGAAAUUAGUUUUAAGUGUUGCAACUCUUACGUAUUUGAUAAAAGUCAUUGAAGCGAUUAACCGAACAGAAGCGUGGAGAUUAUUGUUCAAUGGUUAAAUAUAAAUAAAGUGUCGUUUUAAUCAAAAA